UGGCGGCCGGAGAAGAACGUGGUGCUUCUGAGGUUCUGAGAGCGCUUGCUCGACAUCUAAACUGUCUCAACGAAGACAGCAAAACCACAAGAAAACGAGCGCUUGAAGCAAUCAAAAGAGAAACUAUUGAUAAAGGGCUUUCGAGCGGCGUGUUGCAGGAGGUUUUCACGUGUCUGCUGAAGUCGCUCCUGAAAUGCCUGUCAGAUCCUAUGGAAAGAUGCAGAGAGACUGCCAUACACAUGCUUGGAGAUUUUAUUCGGUGUGUUCCUCAACCGGAGGAUUCGUUGCCUUAUCUCAUGCCCGCUUUGACGCAGCGGCUCGGCGGGAAAGAGAUCCUGGAGCCCGCGGAGGAACUUAGGCUGUCCAUGGUGGAGGUUCUGACUCUCACAGUGGAGGUGUGUGGCAGGCACCUAGCUCCCUACCUCGACGAUAUGAUGAAGAUAUUACAGAGAACUAUUGUCGACCCUUUCCCAGACGUCAAAAGGGAGAGUUGCAAAUGCACUGUUCAUUUUGCAAAAAGUGUGCCAGAACAUUUCCACAUGCAGGCAGAGAGCCUGGUCAAGCCCCUGAUGCAGACCGUCUCCCAUCAGCAUUCCCGUGUGCGUGUGUCCACCAUCGAGGCCACUGGAGCGGUCAUCCAGUACGGCACGGGGAAGAACGUGGACGAUGUGCUCUCUCACAUGGCACAGAGGCUGUUUGACGACUCACCACAGGUGAGAAAAGCUGUGACUGUGGUUGUUGGUGACUGGCUGCUCCACCUGCGAGACAGAUACUCCUACUUCCACAAGCUCAUCCCCCUCCUACUGAGCAGCCUCAGCGAUGACAUCCCAGAGAUUAGUCAACGAGCUGCUGAGCUGUGGAGGCAGACAGGCACUCUGUGGGAGCAGGAGAAUGAGGAUGACCUGAAGGACAAGAUGGACUUCCUCCUGACCCCACCUGACCUCUACCCUGCUGGAGUGGCGCGUCCGGGCCUGGGCUGCAGGGAGCUGGUGGUGAGGAACCUGUCCAACCUGCUGCCGGCGCUGGCCCGCGACGUGGUUGACUGGGUGGCGGGCACGCGGGUCAAGACGGCCCAGCUGCUGUAUGCCCUGCUGCUGCACGCUGAGGACCACUGCACCCAGCACCUGCAGCUGCUGCUCUCCACGCUGUACCGCGCCUGCAACGACCCCGAGAGCGACGUGGUCACCAACUGUCUGAGAUCUGCCAAGCUGCUGGGGACCUUUGUCAGCCCCGAGGUCUUCCUCAAGCUACUCCUGGUCCACUUGGAGACCCCCUCCUCCUCCCCCCACACCCCCCUCAUGGUCCUGGCUGCCGUGCUGGGGGGCUGCUCCGGGGACCUCUUGAAACCACACCUCCAGAAGAUCGCUGAUACGCUGGUCCAACCAGACGUCUGCCAAGAGUACCAGCAGCCCCGAGGCUUCCUCAAGCUACUCAUGGUCACUUGGAGACCCCUCUCCUCCCCCCACACCCCCCUCAUGGUGCUGGCUGCCGUGCUGGGGGGCUUGCUCCGGAGACCUCUUGAAACCACACAUCAGAAGAUCGCGAUACGCUGGUCCAACCAGACGUCUGCCAAGGUACCAGCAUUGGCGCGUCCGGGCCUGGGCUGCAGGGAGCUGGUGGUGAGGAACCUGUCCAACCUGCUGCCGGCGCUGGCCCGCGACAGUGCACCUGCAGCUGCUGCUCUCCACGCUGUACCGCGCCUGCAACGACCCGAGAGCGACGUGGUCACCAACUGUCUGAGAUCUGCCAAGCUGCUGGGGACCUUUGUCAGCCCCGAGGUCUUCCUCAAGCUACUCCUGGUCCACUUGGAGACCCCCUCCUCCUCCCCCCACACCCCCCUCAUGGUCCUGGCUGCCGUGCUGGGGGGCUGCUCCGGGGACCUCUUGAAACCACACCUCCAGAAGAUCGCUGAUACGCUGGUCCAACCAGACGUCUGCCAAGAGUACCAGCAGGCGGUGUAUCUGGACCAGUUGCUGUCCUGUGUGGAUGUCCUGUUGUCUGUGUGUGAGAAGGACUGUUGCUCUGUCAGUCUACAGCUGUUACAGGUGCUGGUUACUGUCCAGAGCCUCUCCACUGAGCCACUGCUCACUGACAAGGCAGAGCAGAGCGUAGUGUCUCUAUGUAAGGUCCAGGUUCUGCUUACAGUAGCUGACCUCUACAGGCAGCACAUGGAUCAGCUGCUCCAGUGGCUCUCAGCCUCUCAGAAGACCUGGACCAGCUACUCCCCCCAGAGACUGCAGCUCCAGGUCAUCGCCACCCAAUCAGGCCCAGUCAUUGGAGAGUUCUUGCCCUUGCUAAUGCCCCUUCUGCAGAACUGUCUGGACCCAGAGAGAGACCCUGAGAUGAGACUACACAUGUUCACCAUGCUGUCCAAACUGCUGCUGGACGCUACACACACACUGGACUCCCAGGGGAGGUUCUGUGAGCACCUGGAUGUGUUUCUAUUGGAGUUGCUGCUACCUAACCUGGUGUGGAAGGCAGGUCGCACUGCUGCAGCUAUCCGUACCUCAGCUCUCAGCUGUCUGCUAGCCCUGCUGCAAGGGGGAGCCAUCCCGCCCAGCCAGUUACUGGCUGUAGAGGAGCGGCUGAGCCCCCAGGUGUUGUCUGCUCUAGAGGAAGACUCCCAGCUGUCCAGACUACUGGCCUGUCGCUCUCUGUCCACCCUGCUCAAACUGAUAGGACCCAGUCUCCACCCAGAUGCCCUGAACAACAUCUACCCUGAGGUGCUGAAGCGUCUGGAUGACAGCAGUGAGGAGGUGAGGAGCGUGGCCCUCAGGGCUCUGGGCCUAUGGCUUGCCUCCUUGGGGAAAGACUACAACUCCCAGCUCUACAGUCAACACCUGGAGGUCCUGUUCCAGCAGCUGCUGCUGCACCUGGACGACCCAGACAGCCGCGUGCAGGACACUGUGCUUGAGGUCCUGAAGACCGGCAGUGGUGUCCACCCAGCCCUCCUUAAGCAGGAAGUGGAAGCCGUGAGGGACAAACAGCGCACCCCUGUCUACUGUGACCAACUGCUCCAGCACAUCCACUCUACGCAAGGAUACGGUGUAGAGAUGCAUAGUAUUGGAAAGAUCUACUGAUGCGACAAUACUGGUCAAAUGAAGAUCCUAUAUCUGUAUAUAAUCUAGACAUCAUAUAGAUUAUAUUUCUAUGACAUACCAAGAAAAACAAACCUGGAACUGCCCCUCUCACAAAUGUCCAGCAUGGACUCUCUCCCUCUCACAUACAGUAUAUACACACACACAGCUGUCACUAAGAGAGUGAUACAAUGAUAUGGGCAUCCCGAGAUACGACUUGACACAUUGUAUCUAUGUGUCUAACAGCACUAAGGCAGGUAUCUAUUUGUUGUACCCUGUACAACAAGAAUAUUGUCCAACUGCUUAGGUUCUCUUAGAGCUCAAACUGUUACCCUUUCCUUUUUCAAAUCCACCCCAGAACACAGGGUUGUACUCUGUGAUUUUGUUUGUUCAUUACUAUGCUUUUUAAUUGGUUCCUCAAAAAGUGUGUUUAUUGAACUCUUAUCAGAAAAUAUUUUAUAUGUUGAUAUUUCAUUCUGUUGUGCCUUGAUUUCUAGACUGAAUUGACUGUUUAUCUUUGAUAAAUAUAAUACAUUUUCACUAA